AUGGUUCUUAAUAGCGUGAAUGUUAUAGAUUUAGAUGUUAAAAUUAAAAUUGAUAAAAUAGAAAGAUUCCAAAUGAGUUUUUUUAUUUUCUUACUCAUAAUUUUUUUCAUUGGAAAUUCGAUAUCGAUUCCAGUUAUAUCGAAAGAAAUCUACGAUACAAAAUAUGAUAAUAUUGACAUAGAUGAAAUCUUAAAUAAUGAAAGGCUCCUUAAAAAUUACAUCAAGUGUUUAGAAAAUGAAGGACCAUGCACAGCUGACGGAAAAAUGUUAAAAGAAACUUUGCCGGACGCAGUGUCAACCAAUUGCUCAAAAUGCUCAGAAAAACAAAAGUACGGAGCCGACAAAAUAACUCAUUUUUUAAUCGACAACCGAUUGCAAGAUUGGAUACAUUUAGAAAAGAUAUUCGAUCCAGAGGGUAGCUAUCGCCGGAAUUAUUUGGAGUUAAAGAAUUUAGAAACGACAACAGAAGAUCAAAACAAAGGGAAACUUGUUCAGAUCGACAAAAUGAAAGAAUAAUUAAAUAUACAAAAUUAUAUUAAAUAAAACAUAAAUUUUGGUACGGGCAUAAUAAAA